CUCUCUCUCUGCUCUUUUAAAACUCUAGUGAAGCUACAGAUUAUUAUAUAUAUAUAUAUCAUUAUAUAUUGUUGGUCAUCUCAGUUUGCAUAUAAACUAGAGCUAACUCUGACUACAUUUCAAUUAGUGCUUUCUUCUGUUCAUCUUUCCAUUUUGUCUCUCUUUGAGUUUCUUUCUCAGAAAAGUUAGCCAGUAGUAUAUUUAGUACUCCCCCCAAGCUAUAUAUAUAGCUGAUCUCUCUCACUCUCCUUUUUGAUUAAAAAAUUAUAAUAUAUAUUUAUAUAUAUAUAUAUAUAUAUAUAAAUAUAGUUUGAAUUAAAGAAGAGAGAAGAAAAAAAAAUGUCUAGCAGAAGAUCAAGAUCAAGACAAUCAGGUGGUGCAAGGAUCACUGAUGAUCAGAUCAAUGAUCUUGUUUCCAAGUUGAACCAGCUUCUUCCUGAGAUUCGCGAAAGGCGUUCAGACAAGGUUUCAGCAGCCAAUGUGUUACAGGAGACAUGCAACUACAUAAGAAGCUUGCACAGAGAGGUUGAUGAUCUAAGUGAGAGACUUUCUGAGCUAUUAGCAACAACUGACACUGCUCAAGCUGCAAUUAUUAGGAGUUUACUCUCCCAAUAGAUCAUCACCAUCAUCAUCAUCAUCACUUAAUUAAGAGCUAGAGAUCAAAAUCAAGUACCUAGCUAUAAUAUAUUACUAGAAAUAUUCCACUACUACUACCUAUAAAAUUAAUGUAAUAGACCAUCUACUUAUUUUUUCUUUCAAUUAAAAUGUACUUCUCUCUCAUCAAGUUCUUCAUUAAGAGUACUUAAAUAUUGUCACUCUAUAAGAUGGAACUGAGUAGUAGCUGGGUUUUUUUUUUCUUUCAUUUUGGCUAGAAGUACAACUAGCUAGCUAGAGCUGCAGUUUGUGUUUGAUGAUUAUAUUUAGAAGAUCCUUUUGUUGCAAAUUAAUAAUUAGUUGUGUUAAUUGAGGAAUACUUAUAAUAAAAUUAGGAUUACUCUUCUCUAUAUAUGUGGUACUGCCCCCAGAUCAAUCUUUCAUUUAUUAAUAUAUUUUUUUCUUCUUAUUAA